AUGGAGGAGUACACUCGGGAACCGUGCCCCGGGCGAAUUGUGGAUGACUGUGGUGGGGUCUUUACGAUGGGCACCAUAGGUGGUUGUAUCUUUCAAGCAAUCAAAGGCUUUCGCAAUUCUCCGGUGGGAGUGAACCACAGACUGCGCGGGAGUUUGACAGCUAUUAAAACCAGAGCUCCCCAGCUGGGAGGUAGCUUUGCAGUUUGGGGAGGUCUGUUUUCCAUGAUCGACUGCAGUAUGGUUCAGGUCAGAGGGAAGGAGGACCCCUGGAACUCCAUCACAGGUGGUGCCUUAACAGGAGCCAUCCUGGCCACGAGAAAUGGACCAGUGGCCAUGGUCCGGUCAGCCGCGAUGGGUGGCAUUCUCCUAGCUUUAAUUGAAGGAGCUGGUAUCUUGUUGACGAGAUUUGCCUCUGCACAAUUUCCCAACGGUUCUCAGUUUGCUGAAGACCCCUCCCAGUUGCCUUCAGCCCGGUUACCGUCCUCACCUUUUGGAGACUACCGACAAUAUCAAUAG